UGCCCAUCAGUGCCACAUAUCAGUGCCAGUCAGUGCCACCUAUCAGUGCUGCCAAUCAGUGCCGCCUAUGAGUGCCCAUCAGUGCCACCUACCAGGGACAUCUACACUGAUCAUCAGUGUAGACCCAGCAGUGCCACAUAUCAGUGCCCAUCUGAACUGCCUUUCAGUGUUACUUACCAGUGCCAGUCAGUGCCGCCUAUCAGUGCCAUAUAUGAGUGCUGCCUUUCAGUUCCCAUCAGUGAUGCCUGUCAACGCCCAUCAGUGCCACCUACCAGUGUAGCUUAUCAGUGCAAUUUUUUUUAA